AUGUCGUUCUCAGGCCGCCGCCUGAGCCUCCUCCGCCCCGCUGACAACCGCCGCUUCUCAGCGAGCAAGGAGCUGUCAACCAACGAAAUCCAUUCCGAGACCCAUCGCCAAUUCCGCGCUGCCCACGAAGGCCACCGUCCCCACGCCGGCCUCGACGCCUCCCGUGCGUCCACCGGUGUCGUCUGGUGUACAGAGCGAGCCGCCGAGCAUGGCUACGCCGAAGACCCCUCCGGCUGGGCCAACCUAGGCCAGGGAGCCCCCGAGGCCGACGAUGAGAUCGAAGGUAGCUUCCCGCGCCCGACGUCGAUCCCCAUCACCUCCGCUGCUCGGGAGUAUGGUCCGACCGCCGGUAUCAAGCCGUUGCGCGCGGCCGUUGCUCGUCUGUACAAUGACCACUACCGUCAGGGCAAGGAGAGCCAGUACACCUGGGAGAAUGUCUGCAUUGUGCCUGGUGGUCGUGCGGGUUUGAUCCGCAUUGCUGCGAUCUUGGGUAACUCGUACCUGUCGUUCCCCAUUCCCGAUUACUCUGCGUACUCGGAGAUGUUGUCGCUGUUCAAGAACAUUGCUCCCAUCCCCAUUCCUCUCUCUCAAGAGGACCACUACCACAUCCACCCCAACAAGAUCGCCGAGGAAAUCGCCCGUGGUACUCAGGUGCUGCUGACCUCCAACCCCCGUAACCCUACUGGCCACUUCGUGUCGCAUGAGGAGCUGGUUGAGAUUCAGGACCUUUGUCGUGACCGCGCAACUCUCAUCCUGGACGAGUUCUACGGCGGAUACAACUACACAUCAGACUGCGAUGGCUCAACCAUCAGCGGUGCCGCAAACGUCAUCGACGUCAACAAGGAUGACGUCCUCCUAAUCGACGGUCUGACCAAGCGCUUCCGUCUCCCAGGCUGGCGUAUUGCCUGGGUCGUCGGACCCAAGGAAUUCGUCGACGCGCUAGGGUCCGCAGGCUCCUACCUAGACGGCGGAGCCAACGUGCCCUUCCAAGAAGCCGCCAUCCCAAUGCUCGAGCCGAACCUGGUGCGCGCGGAGAUGAAAGCGCUGCAGACUCACUUCAUCGAGAAGCGCGACUAUGUCCUGAAGCGCCUGUACGAUAUCGGCUUCCGCGUGCAGGACGUACCGCAGGCGACCUUCUACAUCUGGCUGGAUCUGACCUCCCUCGACCCUCCUCUGCCCCCUCAGGCCAACAUCUCCGACGGUCUGAAUUUCUUCAACGCCCUCUUGAGCGAGAAGGUCAUCGUCGUUCCUGGUAUCUUUUUCGACUUGAACCCGGCUAAGCGUCGCGAUCUCUUCGACAGCCCGUGUCACCACUUUGUGCGUUUGAGUUACGGUCCCAAGAUGGAUGUCUUGAAGAUGGGUCUGGAUGGUAUUGAGCGUGUUAUUAACCGUGCUCGUGAGGUUGUCCAGCCGAAGUGGGAGGAUGAAGUUGCUGUUUCUGAUGAUUAG